UAAAAAAUACGAGUUGGUAGUGCGACUUUACGGCUGCCUCUUGGCUUCUCUUCUCGCCGAACGCAUCGAUUUCACGAGAUCUAGCAAGUCUAGCAAGUAAGCUCUUUUUGAAACGGUUUCAAAAGAUCAGAGACAUCUCCGUAGUUGGCGCUCUGUAUUGAUGUUGGGUUGGAGAAACGGGCCCCUGGUUAUAACAUUCAUGUGUUUGCACGCCUUGUUUCGUGAGUCAGCAAUUGCUAUUAUUGAUAUUGUCUGGCUGCAUUGUCAGAUCUGUUCGAAAGGAGUGCCGGUUAUAUACGGAACCAUAUAUCUCGUCUCUGGAUUUCGCGAUGGCCGACCACGGAGCGACAGCGACCACCACCAAGCCCGGUCGAGUGGCACUGUGGUGCCUACCUCGAUCAACCUCCACAUUACUGGCAAAAUGUCUGAGUGCCAUUGACGGGAUCGAAGUUCAUUUGGAAGUCUACACGUACGCCUCGUCAUGCAAGGGGUUUUACAAAACCACGACAGGGCGGGAGCUGCCGGAUGGUCUAGUCGGGAACGAAGCGGUGUACGAGGAGGCGAUUGACAUAUGGGAGAAAAAAGUUGGCACCAAAAUGAUUCCAAGAAAGAUGUCAUACCAGACUAUCAAGGAAGAUUUGGAAAGUGCCAACAGCAAGUUCGUCCUCAUCAAAGAAAUGGGAAUACUUCCGAUCGUCACCAAAUUUUACCCAGAAGGCUACAAAUGCGCUUUCCUCAUUCGGGAUCCAUCUCGAGUAUACGUUUCGGCAAAGAAGUCGAUGUCAGCGAAGUUUGCCGAAUCAGGUAUGGUCCCAUCCGAAGCCGAUUACGAUAUUAUCCGAGAUGACCCACUUGAUAAUGAACCAAUGAAAUGGUUCGAGAAUGAGCAUGCGCUGUGGAAGCACGUCAAAGCGAAUAUCGAUCCGAAUCCGAUUGUCAUCGACACUUCGGAUAUCUUGUCAAGACCAGGACCGACCAUCAAGGCACUCUGCGACGCUGUCGGCCUUCCAUACAGCGACGACCUUCUCCAGAUGAAACCAUUUACCGAAAUGCCGAAGAAUUUUGUAACGGCGGCCGAAAACAUCUUCACCGAGUUGUCGGAGUUCUACGAGAGAGCUUUCAAGAGCACUCAAAUUAUCCCGCCGAAGGACCUUGGGCCUAUACCACGUGAUCAACUUUCUGAUGACGUAAUCCGUUGCGUAGACUACUCGAUGCCUUUUUAUCGUGAAAUGUUUGAAAGCAGACUAUCUAUUCCAUGAUGAAAAUAAUUUAAUGGACUAAAAAUUAUUGUCUAACGAACUAAAGAACUUCUUAAUUAGCAAUGGAAAUUCAUAACAACCUUAGCGUAUAAACAGAUUUUUGUUGUUGUUGUUAUAAUAGUGGCAUAUAAGUAUUGGUGU